AUGAUAAAUUAUAAUAACUUUUAUAAGGAAGAGUUAUUAUACGAAUUUAAAUUAUGUUAUAAGAAAAUUCAUUCCCCACAACCGAAAUUUUAUCAAUAUGAAAUCCAUAUAGAUCCCACUACUCCCUUUCCGCAGCAUUUGGAGGAGGGUGAAAUCAUCUCUAAAAAAGAUUUUUACAAAAUAAUAAAAACUACCAACGAAUUUAUAAACUAUCAAAAGCCACACUCUGUACUAUUAUUAGGAAUUUAUUUAACCAUCUUUUACAAUUUAAUUCCCUCAAUUAUUUCAAUUAAUACCUCGAAUACCGCUAUAAUUGGAGUUUAUUUUCUUUUACUUUUCAUUUUUACAGUUUUAAUUUUAAUUUCAAAUUCAAUUUAUAGAAGGAAUUAUUUUCAUUAUAAAUCUUUUCAUGAAUUAAAUGAAAAGUUUUUAUUUAAAAAUAUUAGACUUACUUUCAUAAAUAGAUUUAGAAGUUUUGUAAUAUUGUAUAUAGCAUUUAUAUUAUUUUUAUUAUUUAUAAUUUUGGUAUUUUAUUAUAUAAGAAUAGAUGACUCCAAACAUUUAAAAAAUCAUUCAGCAUUUUAUUUAAUGAUCUAUUCAAUUAUGGUUUACAGUUUAGUGUCAACCCUUUUAUUUAUAAGGCAUACUUUGCUAUUUUCAAGAUUUAAAAACAUAGUAAACUCCAAAUCAAGUGAAUUGGAACAUUUAGAAUAUUUAAAUAACAAUUUAGAAUCAUUUUUUAAAUAUGACCCGCUAUGUGUAUACUUUAUUCCGAAAACGAUUUUAGACCACACCAAAGAAAAUAAAGAAGAUAAAUCUCAAUCAUUUGUAAAGUCAGAUAUAGCCUCAAUGAUUGUAAAAUCAAAUUUAUAA